AUGUUCGGCAUCGUCGCAGACCUGCUGGCGGCCGUCGCCACGGUUCUCUUCCCCGUCUUCGCUUCGUACAAGGCCCUCCAGACCCGCGAUGUGACCAACCUAGCUCCCUGGCUGAUGUACUGGGUCGUUUACUCGGCCAUCACCCUCGUCGAGUCAUGGACGCUCUUCAUAUUAUCAUGGUUCCCGUUUUAUAGCUGGAUACGCCUAUUCGCACUUUCAUAUCUUGUCCUUCCGCAAACACAGGGCGCAAAGAGACUUUAUCUCGAACACGUCGAGCCCUUCCUUCGCCAUCAUGAGCGUGAGAUCGAGGACUUUAUAGGCCAGGCUCAUUCUCGCGGCAGUGCGAUGGGACUGCAGUACUUGAAGAAACUUAUCGAUCUGAUCAGGACAAAGGCGAUGGGGCUGCAGCCUCUUUGGGAAGGACAGGGACAGGGACAACCCGAGACCAACGUUGCGGCACCGUCGUAUGCGCAGGCUCUGUUUUCGAGAUUCAGUUUGCCCGCGGUGGGUGCUGGGCCGGCUCCUGGUGCCAGUGGCGGUGCCGCAGGUGGCUACGGAGCACCGGAUUUCGUCAGCAUGCUAGGCAGCGUGCUGGGAGGGGCAGCAGGAGCAGGAGGGGCAGCAAAGAGUCCUGACGCCCAAGCUGCGGAGCUCAGUGCGUCUGGCCGUCUGCUACCUCGCCAUGUCGCUUCUGCCCCGCGAUCGGAGCAGGCAGCGUACAUAGCUUCUCAGCGAGACCAUCUGAAGGUUCUGCUGUCAGCGUAUGAGCGGGAAUUCGGAAGUCUUAGCUCUGCUGCUGGCGUUGGUGCUGGUGGGCCCGAUGAAGCAGUAGGAGGCUUCGAGAGCAGCGGCCUACGCAAGAACAGAAGCGAUAACUCGUUUGAGAACAUCGAGCACGAGGAUCUGGGCGCCUCGUCGGCCUUUGACACACAUCGGUACCCCGACCAUCGACGGCCAAGGAUGGGCGAUUUCGAGUGA